GUUGGAGGUGGGAAGGGGGAUAUUGGUGGGGGGGGGGGGGGUAAGAAACUUGCUCCAUUGCUUCAACUGACAGUCCUCUGGAUUGCAAAUCUGGUGAGUUAACCAUUACAACCACGGCAGUCUCCCCAAAGCCUUGGAAAGCUGUAAAGAAAGGACCAAGACUUUCCCUCCGGUGGGUGGGUGGGAGAGUUGAUGGUUGUUGAGUAAGUGAGCCUGAUGCAAUGUGUAAGCUUCAUGUGUGUGCGCGCGUGCGUGUGCGUUUCCUGUUAUCAGAAAUAGUUUUUCGUCCUUUGAAACCUUAACCCUGUAGAAAACAGCCCACAUCGAUCGCAGAGUUCAAAAGAAAGCUGGGCGAUAAAAAGCAGUGCCUGAGUGUCGUUGAGCCCCGGGUUUAGCUAGCAGCUGUGUUGCCGACUGCGGUGUGCGAGGAGCUUCUGCGUGCGUGUGUGACCUCUCGUCUUCACGCACGCACACGCGCGCCGCGCACACACAUUGGAAAAAAAACCAACAACAACAAUGGCGGCACCCAGUCGGUUUCUCCAAGUCGCCCAUGUCGGAGACGAAGUUCACCGGCGACUCGGCCGAGCUGUUCUGCGAGGUGGUGGGCUCGCCGGUGCCGGAGCUGCAGUGGUGGUUCGCCGAGACCAACCACAUGGACGCCUUCCGCCAACUGUGGGAGGGCGCACGCCGGCGCCGCAUCUCCGUGACCACGGCCUACGGCUCGAACGGCGUCAGCGCCCUGCGCAUCGCGGCGCUCACGCUCGAGGACUCGGGCGUGUACGAGUGCCGCGCCAGCAACGCUCCGCAGCGCAACGACUUUCGCCGCAACCCGGCCAUGAGCUGGAUCCGAGCGCAGGCAACGAUCCGGGUCGUCCCGCGUGAGUGACCCCCCCACACCCCUGCCGCCUCUCCCGCGCUUUUGCCGGCGCCAAGAGGUGUGUCGGCGGCGCUGGGCGACGGCGUCCACGCUCGCCGCUCGCAAGACGACCCCGCGGGGGGUGAGACGGUGUCGGCACGUGGAACCGGUUUGCGAGCUGUGCUGGUGUCCAGGAGGCUGCUGCGAUGCACCAGGGUGGGCGAUAAUGCAAUAACAAAACUAAGUCAAUGAACAUCUAGGGCUCUCGUCUCCGGCGAUUGUUGCUUCGGUGAUGGUUGUUGCUGCAACAACAAAAACAUUGUUGCCUAAAUCUGGACGAAUUCAAUCGCUGCCUCUUCCACCCCGCCCCCCCCAACCUAAUAAACAACUGCCAUAAUCGGAUUGCUUGCAGAGGUCACGUGACUAACGGGGGUUUGUACUCUCAAUAGACCAACCAUUGUGCAUCAAAUAGACGUCUCGGCAAACACAUUUUAUAAAUUGGCUUUUAAGGAAUUCCUCUCGUUCUCUGCCAUUUACCACAACACUUUGCCAUUUGCCUGCUAAGUAGCCCGUACAGUUGCUCGUCGUAAAAUACAUUGCCGGUGCUGAUUGCCGGCAAUUAUUGUCCCGAACUAUAAUCUGAGUGUAUGCACGUGCGCUAAACUUAUUUCGCACUGCCCGUACGUAGCCAACCGUGCCACAUCUGAGGUGCGGCGUUAGGGUGGGGGGGGGACAAUAAAACUAAACGCAAAGAACCACGGCUCUUUCGUGACCACCAAAAUUGACGAUUUGCCGCCUCCGUUCAACCAUUUUCUCAGUAAGUCGCAGGCGACUUUUGUGGUGUUCUGGAGCGUAAUUCGGCUGUUGCUAUAAAUCUCCACGUGGUGAGCUACCGUUUGUGAUGGGUAGGACACUUCUGAUGAAGAGCUACGUAGACUCAGUUGGGUGGGCCUUGCCCGGUGAGAUAAAAAACAACAACGUAGUUUAGUUUUAGUUCAGUUGGCGCAACCGGCGGCGUGGUGCCGGCUCUGGGGGCUUGCGAGCGCGCCCCCCGAGCUCGCUAUUAUUGACCAGAGACGCAGAUUUUUGCAAUUCGCCGUUUUUUUUAGAGUCGCGCCUUGACGUCUUUUAACGUUUCGUGGAAAUUUCUGCCGCGGGAAGAUUUUUUCCCCAAGCAAUUUUGUUUUAAUUAAUUUUAUUAUUAUUAUCAUCGCCAUUUAUUAUUAUUUUAUCGCCCACUUCCACCUUUGCUUGAGUAUUUUGUCAUUUUUAAGUAGCACAGCUCCUGAAUCUCUUCCACUGCCACCUCCCCCUCUCUCCACGGUGGUCGUCCUGCGACGCGUAGCCGUCAGCCUCCCCAGCAAGUUUCUCCCUCAACGUGGUCCUCCUCCUCCUCGUCCUCCUCCUCGUCCUCCUCCUCGUCCUCCUCAUCCUCCUCCUCGGCAAGAUGACGGAUCCUCCCCUCGGAAAACCGACGUUCCUCCUCCUCCUCCUCCCGUCGACACCAACCAUGUUCCCUCCGGGCCGUUCCUGCCGAAAAAUGAUCCCCCAAUGAACCCUCAACGAUUGCUUUUGACUCCCUUAAGUCCAAGCCGCCCUUCUCCCCGCUGCUGCUGUUGUCUUCCCGCUCACUCGCUCGUCCGUUUGUGUCCAAGCCCCGUCCGUCGUCCCGUUCGUCCCUGUGUUUGUUGUUUGGUGGUUGUUGGUCUAAGCCAAGGGUUCUUCAAUGAAAGGGGGCCUCAUGGGGGUCGGGCGACAUCUGGCCCAUGAAGGUUGUCUUUGUUGUGACUCACGCAGAGCUGUAUAGUUCACCUGGACAGAUGGGGAGAUGCGGGGUUAGUGAAAGGUAAGUUAUGGAUGUUGUAUGCAUGUAUGUUGAACUUGUUUCUGCACUGUACGUAUCCAUCGGUCAUAAGCAGAGAUGCAGCGUUAAGUCUAUGGGCAGUCAUCUUCUUGGUUCUUUCGGUAAAAUCACGUAGAAGGGAAAUAAUAAAAUCAUCGAAAUCUUCCCCUUCCAGCCCAGCUUAAAUAUACGCUCCAAGCGUGGUGGUGUUUCAUUCAGACGCUGUCUCCCCGACAGACCUGGUCUUCACCUGAGGACGGCUGCUUGCGUUGUGGCCGAAACGUCGUGAGAAUUAUUUAUUGUUUUAUUUUAUUAUUUCCCUUCUACUUGACUUUACUGAAAGAACCAAGAAGAUGAAUCUCUGCAGUCAACGAAAGCUUUAAAUCGAAAUCUAUGGGCAGUGUUAGUGUAUGGGCAGUAUGUACUGUGUGUUGAACUUUCUGCACCGUACGUAACCAACCAUGCUUAUUGGUGGUGCCGGUGGGGGGGGAGAUGAACGAUUAAAAAAUGUGAUAAGUGAGCGAGAGAGAGCAGGGCAGCAAGAUGUAAAGACCAGAGAGGGGUGACCCGUACAGAUGCUGUGAUGUCGCAGUGCCACAAUGUGACGUCACGACUUUUCUGCAGUCUGUUCUCUUAAUAACGCAAAUUGGCUUCGUAUGAACACGAUCGAGUGACCGGAACUACGUCCGCGCGAGUGUGAAUGAGCGGUUGUGACCGCCGCCUCCCGGCGUAGCAUCACAACAAGGCGUUGGGAUGCUGCUGGAUCCUUCUAGACGCGUGACCCCACCCACCUCGGUCUUUGUUCGGCCCUGCGGUUACGCGUUUCGCGGGUUAUCGCAGACCGUGCUGUACCCCCCACUAUGUUACGUAGUUUUUUAUUCUAACGCGGUGUUCUUCAGGAACGCCACGACUACUAGUCCUGUCUUGUAGGAGAACAGACUGCUCUGAAGGGUCGCGGACCGACGUUCCGUUUCGUUGCGACGGCACCGCGCCAGCUUUACGGGUUGACCCCCACCGUAUGCAAUCGAGUUGAAGAGCCCUGGAUUAGACUAAUCUUUUAUUGUUUUUAUCAAAAUAACUUUUCUGCUUAUUAGUUUGCACUGUCUGGUUCCCUCAAUCCUUUCCCUUUGUUGUGUGUCAAGUUGUAGUUUUAGUUUUUUUCAUUUAUGAUUUUUAGGUUUUACCAACUGCUGAUGGAAGAACCCCCAACUGUGUGUAUUUUCCUGCUUGUAGGUUUUUCUUUGACGUCGUUUUGUGAGCAGUCGUCCGGCUAGCGGACCCAAGUGAUGAACAGCGAAACAAAAGUGCACAGUCGAAACGUCGAAAGUGCGAACCGAUUUUUUAAAAUAAAAAAACCUAUACGCGAAGAUCUGCCUUGAAAGCUGGGGUACAUCCGUGAAGACUUACCCGCUGUGUCAUUUCACUGCUGGGUGAAGGCCUCGCCAGACCUUGCGGGUUGUGGGUGGGGUUUUUUGACCGUUCGAUAAGUUGGUGAAAACGAGGAGCAUAGGACUUGGGAGCUUUGCAGUACAGUACAACAGUUGUUUUUUUUCUGCGCUACCCACUGCUGCUCGCCCACAUCUUUACUUGAGGACAAAAAAAAUAUUUUUAAUUUAAAAAUCGUAAUUCGCAUACCAACAGGAAUGUAAUCCUAAUCGUUGUCGCCGUCAUCAUCAGCAGCAUCAUCAUCAUGAUCAUCGUUGCCUUUAUCGCUCGACCUGAGGAUAGCCGGGCACGCACCCGCCGUUUCACGUGAUGGCUCCAAUGAAAUCCAGUGCAGAAAACUGCACGGGCACUCGACAAAACCGGUUUGCUUGGUGAACACUGCUCGCACCUGCCCCGCUCCCUGACGCAGUUGGGCGUUCUUCAUCGUAGUAGUCUUCGGUCUCAGUCUGGUCCGUGAACCCACAGGUGGGCUAUUUAGUCGAGUCUCAGUCGGAGGGGUUUCAUGGAGUCCAUCGUAAAUUUAGUCGGACUCCCGAGUGGUGCCACACCGUGGUUAGAUGUUAACUACCUCGCCUGGUGUACAGGAGGUAGUGGGAUUCGAUCCCGACCCUGACGCCUGCUGUAUUUGUGGAGUUUGUGGUGUCUCUCACUCUCCCCUCGUGGUCGCGUGGAUUUUUGAUGCUGGUCCUCCAGUUUUUCCCCUCCACAUUGAGAAUGAGCAUCACACCUUUUAGAGCAUCUGGCCGCAGUACAUUUCCAAGUGAUAACCGCUGCUGGGUCUCGCCUUGUGGAGGGUUACGUCAAAUAUCUCCUUUUGUCCACUUGCACUUUCUGAGCCGUGCCAGCAAGGUAACGGGUUGUUUUCCCACCGGCACUUUUUUACCUGUCCUGUUACGCCGGCCGUGUCUCUGGCCCUGGGGGGGAGUGCGUCAAGUGACGUUGCACAAUGCGUGAUAUCACGUUAAACGACGUCAUCUACGUGCGUCUUGAUAUCACGAAUUGCGCGCGUGAUGUGGGGAUCGCGCGUUUAAUUCAACCAAACUCGUGCCCUUCCCGGACCAGCGCCACGUUGGUUCGGCACAUGGCCAGCACGGCUCGGAUUGUGUGCCAGUGGCAAAAAGAGGUGAAAAAAAUUUACCCGUAAUAACAAAGUUUUCACUAUAAAUCCUUUAUAUGCGUGGCGGCUAGAGUCCUCUUGUCCUCUGGCUUGAGAUGGCUGCCACCUAUGGGUCAGAUGAUUGCCUGC